UGGUUUAUAGAGAAACCUCCAUAACUGAACCCCAAAGGAAAUCUCCAUCUUCCAUGAAAUCCUCUGCAAAUUCCUUCUUGUUCCAGACAAUUUAAUUCAUGCAAACAUUUACUGAUUCGCUUUCCCUCUCUUUAGCCGUUUAAUUCGUUAAUGGCCGGUGCUUCGUUUCCCGUCCUUCCAACAAUUAGACCUCGAAUACUCGCUCUCCAUUUCUCACAACCUUCUACUUUAUCUUCCUCAGUGUCGAAACACCGAAUCUUCAAACGCCAUUUUAUCAACAAGAUAAAGCUCUCACCGUUGUCAUUGUCAAUGGAAACUCCCCUUCGAGUUUCUGCAUCCUCCACCAUUGGUGCAGCAGAUGAGGGAUUGGAGGUCGGGUCUUCGGGCUUGGUUGGAGAGCAUGAUCUCCUAAUUGUUGGUCCAGGGGUUCUUGGUCGCCUAGUUGCUGAAAAAUGGAGAGAGGAACAUCCGUGCUGUCAAAUUUAUGGUCAGACAAUGACGAUGGACCACCAUGAGGAGCUGAUAAAACUUGGGAUUAAUCCAUCUUUGAGAGAGACACAGCGAACUCAAAAGGUUCCAUAUGUAAUUUUUUGUGCUCCUCCAUCGCGAACACUGGAUUACCCUGACGACGUCAGGAUGGCUGCAUUGAAUUGGAAUGGUGAAGGUUCUUUCCUGUUUACAUCAAGCGCUGCAGUAUAUGAUCGCAAUGAUAAUGGAGAAUGUGAUGAGGACGGUCCAAUAGUGCCACUUGGGAGGAGCCCUAGGACAGAUGUUAUUCUGAAGGCAGAAGAAGUAGUUGUAGAAUCUGGCGGUUGUGUCCUUAGAUUGGUGGGGCUUUACAAAGCAGAUAGAGGUGCUCAUAACUAUUACUUAGAGAAGGGGACUGUCGAUGGUCGGCCAGAUUACAUCUUGAAUCUUAUACAUUAUGAGGAUGCAGCUUCCCUUGCAGUUGCAGUCUUGAAGAAGAAGCUGCGUAGCCACAUUUUCUUGGGCUGUGAUAACCAUCCUUUAUCUAGGCAGGAGAUGAUGGAGUUGGUCAAUAAAAGUGGGAAAUUCAGUAAGAAGUUUGAGGGCUUCACAGGCACUGAUGGUCCACUAGGGAAGAAGUUGAAUAACUUUAAAACUCGUCAAGAGAUAGGGUGGGAACCAAAAUAUCCUAGUUUUGCUCAUUGUCUUGCAGUUACUGACUAGCUGCUGAGUUUAAGUUAACCAUUGGAUGGACUGGAAUUCUGUGCAAAGAAAUUCCAUCUCCAUGGAAGAAUAGGGAAUGCUGAACGAAGAUGCUGCUGACAUCUCCUGGUAUUUGUUUUAUUAAAUUUGUUAAAUACUUGGUUCCAAUGUUGGAAAGUCACAAGUAAAAUGCAAAGCACUAUACUCAGGCAAACGUUUAAGAUAACUGCCUGAUUGACCAAAAUCAUUGUGGAGAUAUUUGGCACCAAAAAUAUUUCUGAUGUGAGCUCUUGAGCAGUUUCCAAAUGGAAACCUAACAAUAUGGUGAUGAUAUAAAAGUUAGGUAUCUUUACUCA